CUUGCUUUCCUCUCCGUUUGAAUAGUAGCCGUUGCAGUUCGGCGACAACUCUUCCAUAACGACCCCCCAUAACUAGCCGUUACCCCUCCACCCUCUGGUUCCUCCUCCUCUUCCUCUAUAUAUGUGAAAUGCCCAUUCGCUUCUUUGCCUUCCCGCAUCACCGCUACAGCGUCAAAUCGUUCGCUUGGUUGGUUUCGGCAACGAAGAAAAGCGAGAGAGAAAAGAGGAGCGAGAUAAGAAGAUGAGGGAGAUUCUUCACGUCCAGGGGGGCCAAUGCGGCAACCAGAUUGGGGCCAAGUUCUGGGAGGUGGUGUGCGCGGAGCACGGGAUCGACGCCACUGGCCGCUACUGCGGCGACUCGGAACUGCAGCUGGAGAGGGUGAACGUGUACUACAACGAGGCCAGCUGCGGCCGCUUCGUCCCUCGCGCCGUGCUCAUGGACCUCGAGCCCGGCACCAUGGACAGCGUCCGGUCCGGCCACUACGGUCAGAUCUUCCGCCCCGACAACUUCGUUUUCGGCCAGUCCGGCGCCGGCAACAACUGGGCCAAGGGCCACUAUACCGAGGGCGCCGAGCUCAUUGACUCCGUCCUUGACGUCGUCCGCAAGGAGGCCGAGAACUGUGAUUGUCUCCAAGGGUUCCAGGUUUGUCAUUCGUUGGGUGGAGGGACGGGGUCGGGUAUGGGGACGCUGCUGAUAUCCAAGAUCAGGGAGGAGUACCCUGACCGGAUGAUGCUCACCUUCUCCGUCUUCCCCUCGCCAAAGGUCUCCGACACGGUCGUGGAACCUUACAACGCCACGCUCUCCGUGCACCAGCUCGUCGAGAACGCCGAUGAAUGCAUGGUUCUUGACAACGAAGCUCUCUACGACAUCUGCUUCAGAACCCUCAAGCUCACCACUCCCAGCUUUGGUGACUUGAACCACUUGAUCUCUGCAACCAUGUCGGGGGUGACGUGCUGCCUGAGGUUCCCAGGGCAACUCAAUUCAGACCUCCGGAAGCUGGCCGUCAACCUCAUCCCCUUCCCCCGCCUCCACUUUUUCAUGGUGGGCUUCGCCCCCCUGACCUCGCGCGGCUCGCAACAGUACCGCGCCCUGACGGUGCCGGAGCUGACCCAGCAGAUGUGGGACGCCAAGAACAUGAUGUGCGCCGCCGACCCUCGCCACGGGCGGUACCUCACGGCCUCGGCCAUGUUCCGCGGCAAGAUGAGCACCAAGGAGGUGGACGAGCAGAUGAUCAACGUGCAGAACAAGAACUCGUCCUACUUCGUGGAGUGGAUCCCCAACAACGUGAAGUCGACGGUGUGCGACAUCCCGCCGACGGGCCUCAAAAUGGCGUCGACGUUCAUCGGGAACUCUACGUCGAUCCAGGAGAUGUUCCGGCGGGUGAGCGAGCAGUUCACGGCCAUGUUCAGGCGGAAGGCCUUCUUGCACUGGUACACAGGGGAAGGGAUGGACGAGAUGGAGUUCACGGAGGCGGAGAGCAAUAUGAACGACCUGGUGGCGGAGUAUCAGCAGUAUCAGGACGCGACGGCGGAUGUGGAGGAGGAUUACGAGGAAGAGGAAGAGGAAGAGGAGGAGGAAGCCUGAUGCUGAUGCUGCCAUGGGGUGUUAACCCACUGCAACUUCCGGUUGCCAGUCAUGUUGAAUUGGUUCCUCAGUCGUACUUGAUGGGUAUAAUUAGAAGCAAGCAAAAUUCUAGGAGUAGUUAGUUUCUUCUUUUCAGGUUUAGGAAGCCAUAGUUAUAUAGGUGAUAGGGAAGACCUUCCUAUAAGCUGGUUUUGACUCCUAAUUAUUAUCUAAAAUUUAUAUUGGCAUUGCCAUA